AUGGCAAAACACUGCUGGAUAGAUUCUUGCCGAAGACGAGCAGAAGCGUUCUGUGCUCAUUGCUCAGAAGAAUUGUGUCAUCAUCAUUUCAUGGAACAUAAAGACUGGUUACAAGAACAACUUUUGCCAAUGAUUAAACAAGUAAACAUUAUAUACAGUCGAUUUCAACGAUGUGACAUGGAUCAAGCUAUCUUUACACUCAAUUGCUUAUCCGACGCACGUCAUGAACUCAAUCAAUGGCGUAGUGCAUGCGUUCGACAUAUCGAUGACGUUUAUGAUCGAGCAUUGCAAGAGAUUACAACUACUUUGGAAAAACGUAAGCAGGAGACUGUAGAACAAAACAAGCAAAAUCUUGAUUCUCUCAGUAAAAUACGUCGACAAUUAGAAAGAUUAUUGAACUCGGGCAAACUUGCAUAUGAAAAAUUACGAAUAAUGAAGAUACAACUGAACGACCUGAAACGAAAAGAAACAGAACACAACAAUCAGCCAGACAUUCGUAUUGUCACGGACAAAAUCGACGUGAAUCGAUUUGUUGAUAUCAUCUAUAGUCGCAAGCAGCAGUCCGAAGAAGAAUUGUAUAGAGAAGCUACGACUCGUGUAGAAAUUUCUAAAAGAAAUGCACCUCAAGUAAAUCCAUCCGACGAUUCCGAUGAAGAGCAACGUCGAAAACGACGAGUCACCAGAACAUACACUUUGAAGACAUCAGUUCCGCCACCUAAAGUAUCUAAUGCUCGGAUAACACGGAAGUUGACACAAGUGAAGCGUCAUGGAUACCAAGAACGGGUCGCUUAUGCUAAUGAACAUACCAGAAAGAAAAUUGUUGCUGAAGAAUGA